AUGGACGCAGCAUUCAUGUUGGGUGUGUUGUGGUUUCAGGUGUCUGGCUCUUUGCUUGGACUGGCUCUGGUCCUGCUCUCCUGCCCCGACGAUGCUUCUCCGAGCAGAGUCUUUGACAACACCUCUGUGUCAGGAGCUGUGUAUCCAGGAUCUGGAUUUGUAAAGGAGGCACUUCAGAGGGCGAUAGAGCUGACCGAUGCUGCCUACGCACGCACCAGUGAAAGGGUGAAGAAAUCUCUGUCUGAAGGCGCUCUGAGACCCAGUGACCUGCUGGCUCAGUUCAAGCAGACUGAAGCCAAGACCAGUGCCCAGAUCAGGGCCGCAGAACUGUUGGACAACACAGUGGAGCUGAUCAGAGAGAUGGUCUACACUCACACCAUGGUGCAGCCGGGCCAUCAGGCGCUUCUGAGUGAAAGAGACAUGGAGGAUCUGCAGCAGGCGACCGGCUGCUCCGCUGAGCUGCAGAGACCCAGCUGUGACACCGACUGUCUGUCUGAGCGCUACAGAUCCAUCACGGGAGAGUGCAACAACAGACGUAAUCCCAGGUGGGGGGCUGCAAACAUCCCAUACUCCCGCUGGCUGCCUGCAGAGUACGAGGAUUUGUGGGGGACGCCCAGAGGCUGGGACCCCGAGCGCACCUACCACAACGCCAGCCUGCCCCCGGUGCGGUUGGUGUCUCAGGAGGUGCUGUUCACUCACAACGACAACAUCUCUCUGGACUCCACUCUCUCCCACCUGCUGGUGGAGUGGGGUCAGUGGAUCGAUCACGACGUGGUGCUGACGCCUCAGAGCCCCAGCAGGUCCUCGUUCAGAACCGGAGCGGACUGCACGCACACCUGCAGCCGCGACACGCCCUGCUUCCCCAUACAGAUCCCGCUGUCAGAUCCGCGCAGUGGCUUCCAGAGUUGCAUGCCUUUCUUCCGCUCCGCUCCCAGCUGCGUUGCCGGGGUCCCGACUCAUCGCCGCCGGGAGCAGCUCAACGCCAUCACCUCCUUCGUGGAUGCCAGCAUGGUGUACGGCAGCUCCGCUAGCCUGGCCUCCACUUUGAGAAACGGCUCCUCUCCUCUGGGCUCAAUGACCCUCAACUCCCAGCACUCCGACCGGGAUCUGGCCUACAUGCCAUAUUUGCCAAGGCGACAGGCUCACUUGGACCCCUGCGGCCCCCGGAGCUCCCUCACCUCGCGGGCAUCGGAAAAAUCCAGGCAGCAGGAGAACACCACAUCCUGCUUUCAGGCUGGUGAUUCAAGAGCCAAUGAACAUCUGGGCAUGAUUGCGCUGCACACACUCUUCCUCAGGGAGCACAACCGGCUGGUCAAAGAGCUGCACCUGAUCAACCCGCGCUGGAGCCCCGAGACGCUUUAUCAGGAGGCCCGCAAGAUCAUGGGAGCCGUUCAUCAGAUCUUAACGUGGGAGCACUACCUGCCGCGGGUCCUCGGUGAGGGAGCCAUGUCUCGUCUGAUGCCUCCCUACAAGGGUCAUGAUCCCGAGGUGGAUCCCAGCAUCGCUAACGUCUUCGCGGCCGCAGCAUUUCGCUUCGCACACGUCACCGUGCAGCCGGUGGUGACCAGGCUGGGGCCAGGAUACACUACCAACUCCCAGCAUCCCCAGCUGCCUCUGCAUCAUUCACUGUUUGCCUCCUGGAGGGUCGUGCAGGAAGGUGGUAUAGACCCGGUGCUGCGCGGCCUGCUGCUGUCUCCUGCCAAGCUGCAGACUCCAGGUCAGAUGAUGGUGGAGGAGCUGACGGAGAGGCUGUUUCAGGCACAGGGAGGGAUGCCUCUGGACCUCGGGGCCCUAAAUCUCCAGAGGGGCCGGGAUCACGGCCUGCCUGGAUACGGGUCGUGGAGAAGGUCCUGCAGCCUCUCCGUUCCCAAUACCACUUCCGAACUGGCCGACAUUCUGACCAACUUCACGUUGGCCCACAAACUGCAGCUCCUAUACGGCACGCCGCACAACAUCGACGUGUGGGUCGGGGCCAUCUCGGAGCCCGCUCUCCCGGGAGGCCGAGUCGGACCCCUGCUGUCCUGCCUGCUGGCGAGACAGUUCAGAGCCCUGAGAGACGGGGACAGGUUUUGGUGGGAGAGGGAAGGAGUGUUCACCGGCCCCCAGAGGAGGCGCCUGCACGGCGUCUCGCUGUCCCGAAUCAUCUGUGACAACAGCCACAUCGCUCAUGUCCCCGCGGACCCGUUCUCGCGCACCGAGAGGCCGGAGGACAUGCUGUCCUGUUCGCACCCGCUGAUCCCGCGCCUCGACCUGAGCCCGUGGAAGGAGCCAGACGCAGAUCCGGCCUGCGGUCUGAUACCCAGGGUUCAAUCCGGCUACUCCCUGCUCUGUGACGCUGUGGUGCUCUACCAGUGUCACUCUGGCUUCGAGCUGCUGGGAUCUUCAUCAGUCAGCUGUGAUCCAAAGAGCCGGCAGUGGAGCCCCACACCCCCAACUUGUCAAGAUAUCGAUGAAUGUAAAGACCAAACUUCCGUCUGCCCACAACAUCUGGAGUGUUUCAACACACCAGGUUCCUUUAUUUGCUCAGAACCCUCCUCGCUGUCCGUCGUCUCAGUCGUCGCUGCAGUGGUCGUGGUGACCGGCGGUGUGGCGACUCUGCUGAUGAUCCUGUUCUGUUGUCGAAGAUAUUUUCCCAAGAAAGAAGAGUUGGUGAAUGCUGGAUGUUGCCAGGGGAAAAGUUAG